UUUUUUUUUCUUGCACCUCAUUGCAAUACUUCAAGAAAAGUUUAUAAAUACCUUUCCAGCAUAUUACAAUUACAGCAUUCAUGUGUAUAUCACCAUUUAUUCAUUGUAGGUGCUGGCACUUCAGAUAGGGGAAGGGUUACCAAUCCUCCAGGAUGGUCCUGGAGUCUCCAGGAAUUAAAGAUUAAUCUUCAGUUAAAGAUUGUCAUGUGAUGACACCUCCAGGAAUAUGUCCAACCACAGUUGGCAACCCUAGAUAGGAGCCCUCUGGGCUAAUCUUGAAUUCAUUUAGCCAUAAAGAACAAGUUCAAUGGGGUAAUAUUUUCCCAUUAUCUUACUGUAUUGAUAAUCAAGGCAAUCUACCAUUGCUCAUUUAAGACCCAAAAGAACCUCAGUAAUUUUCACUUUACUAGUGGCAACUAUGAUAGUUCUCAGUAAAGCCAGACUGUCCCACCCUAUUUCUUAGCAAAGAUAAGAGUGCUGUAGUCAGCUCUCAUAUUAACAUUACAAAAUAUACUACAUGCUAAUGUACUCCUAAGCAUUAUAAAUAAGUACAAUUUUACACUUGUGAAAAUUAAUGGACAGAUUACAUCUUUUAUGUAGUGUCUUGGUGUGUGUGUGUGUGUGUUUAAUUUAUUCAUUUGCUAACUUGCAAAAUUCAGAAAUGGAUUCCCAGUGGUUAUUGCGAAUUAGUGCUCCUCUGCUAUACAUACAAACAGGAUGUAUAUACAUCAAAGCAUCUUAGUUUAAUUAAACAUUUACAAUAAAAGUAUACAGCCUGUCUAGAUAGAUCAGCAGUUACUUAAAUCUUGCAUUGUCUUCAAGUCUGGAAGGAGGACAGUCUGGUUUCCUGUGGUGAAAUGAGUAAAAGUAUUUUUCUGCAAUAAGUAUAUUAAUUUUGGUAGGAAUAUAUUUAAAAUCUAUAGACCACGUAUUCCUGAAAUAAAAAGUUUUUUCCUAGUUGGUGCAUUGUUUAAAUGCGCUUGUUGUUCACAUUUGCAAGCCUGGGCCCAGAUCAUCCUUUCCCUUACGAGAGGGCUCUGAAGAAAAAACCAUCAGUAGGAUACCCUUGCAGAGUUUCUUCCUGAUUGUUCCUCUGAGAGAUUUGCUGUCACCUUGCAGAACAGGCCCUGAUACCCACCUUCAAACCUACCAAAUUCUCAGGGAUACAUCCAUCAGCCAAAUUCUGCUCUUGCCCUUUUGCAGCAGAACCUAAGUAAGGCUGCUGCACAAAGCCUUCUGUACCCAAAGAUAGGGGCAGGAUUGCGCUCUUUUUUUUUUCUUUUCAUAGAUUCCAAUUCCAGAAGGAACCAUUGAGAUUAUCUGGUCUGACCUAUAUAACAGGCCAUAGAACAUCCCAAAAUAAUUCCUUGAGCAUAUCUUUUAGAAAAAACAUCCAUCUUCAUUUAAAAAUUGUCAGUGAUGGAGAUGCCACCACAAUCCUUGGUAAGUUGUUCCAAUAGUUACUUACUCUUACUAUUUAAAACUUGUUUUAUUUCCAGUUGAAUUUCUCAAGCUUCAACUUCCAGACACUGGCUAGCAUUAGACCUUUCUCUGCUAGUUUGAAGAGCCCAUUGUGAUGCUGUAUAAAAGAAAGGUGACCAUGUUUAUGAAAGCACAGGAGGAGGAGGUGGACAGGUCAGCUGGAGGUGCAGAAGGCAAGCCACAUCUAUAAGAAGAAUCAUGACAUGACCAAAACUCGGAAAGGAAAAACAGAUCAGCUUCUGAGAGUCGAUGACCACGAUUUCACCAUGAGGCCAGCUUUUGGAGGUCCUGCCAUUCCUGUUGGGGUGGAUGUACAGGUUGAAAGCUUGGACAGUAUUUCUGAGGUCGAUAUGGACUUUACUAUGACACUGUACUUAAGGCACUACUGGAAGGAUGAACGCCUCUCAUUUCCUAGCAUCACUAACAAGAGCAUGACCUUUGAUGGCAGGCUGGUGAAGAAGAUUUGGGUUCCAGAUGUCUUCUUUGUGCACUCCAAAAGAUCAUUCAUUCAUGACACAACCACUGACAACAUCAUGUUGCGAGUGUUCCCAGAUGGUCAUGUGCUAUAUAGUAUGAGGAUCACAGUGACCGCAAUGUGCAACAUGGACUUCAGUCGAUUUCCCCUGGACUCACAGACGUGUUCUCUGGAGCUGGAAAGCUAUGCUUAUACUGAUGAAGAUCUGAUGCUUUACUGGAAAAAUGGGAAUGAAUCCCUGAAAACCGAUGAAAAGAUUUCCUUGUCUCAGUUUUUGAUACAAAAGUUUCAUACUACUUCCAGACUCGCUUUCUACAGUAGCACUGGAUGGUACAAUAGACUGUACAUAAAUUUCACUUUACACCGCCACAUCUUCUUCUUCUUGCUCCAAACCUAUUUCCCUGCCACUCUAAUGGUCAUGCUAUCGUGGGUGUCCUUCUGGAUUGAUCGCAGAGCUGUACCUGCUAGAGUGUCAUUAGGGAUAACUACGGUACUGACCAUGUCAACAAUCAUCACUGGUGUAAACGCCUCCAUGCCUCGAGUUUCCUACAUCAAAGCUGUGGACAUUUAUCUCUGGGUCAGUUUUGUGUUCGUCUUUCUCUCAGUGUUGGAAUACGCAGCAGUGAAUUACCUGACAACGGUGCAAGAACGGAAGGAAAGGAAGUUGCGAGAGAAGUUUCCAUGUACAUGUGGAAUACCUAAUACAAAAACCAUGAUGCUGGAUGGAUCCUACAGUGAAUCUGAUGCCAACAGCCUGGCAGGAUACACAAGAAGCCAGAUAGUGAUUGAGGAAGAAAAACAAGACAAGAUGGUGGUUCAUUUGGCCAUGAGCAAUGAAUCUAAUUCAUCGAGAAAGAGAGGGCUGAAAGGCCAUGUUGGCUUGCGCAUCAUCCAGAACACUCAUGCGAUUGAUAAAUACUCAAGAAUAAUAUUCCCAGGCACCUAUAUAUUUUUUAACUUGAUAUACUGGUCUGUCUUUUGCUAG